AUGCUAAAAUCAUUCUACAUCAUAUUCUUUAUAGUUCUUCAAUUCAAAAUCAUUACUCCAAAUUAUUAUCAUUACAUACUCUAUAGAAACAUUUUCAACCUAAAACUGCACACCUUAGAUAUCCCAGAUUUUCAAGAAACUUUCAACUACGACUCGCGUAUUAAAUGUGUCGCUUUGUGUUCAGCCAUGGACAACUGCCAUGGCUGUAACUACCAUUAUGAGCUAAAGAGGUGCACGCUUUUCGCUAACAGGACAAAAUUGGUUAUGAAGUUUGUGGACGUUAAAAAAGUUGCGUUUUACAUGGAUAUUUUUACACACAUCUACCCAGAAAUAACCAACAGAUACAUUGGAUGUUAUGUCGAUCAGAUAGUUCGGGACCUGGAGCACCUGGAACCAGACGACUAUGCAUUGACCAACGAGAAAUGCUGGAAGAUUUGCUCCAACUACAAUUACUCUAUUUUCGCCACUCAGUUUAGAAGAAACUGUUUCUGUUCGACUUCUUUCGGAAGAUACGGGCCAGGAAACGGAUGCACCAUGACUUGUUGGGGAGCCCAGGAUCAAAUAUGCGGAGGUAGCAACAUGAACAGUCUCUAUAGCAUAUGCGACAGAGGAAUGUAUGGGCUGAACUGCAGUAUGAAAUGUCCCUGUGGUGUACAGUGCUUCUGUCAUCGGUUGAAUGGUUCAAAAGUAGUUUAA